AUGUUUGGUAACUCGUCUGUGGUAGUCAGUCGACCCAUGGACAUGAAUGCAGUCUCAGUGUGGGUGAGUGUGGCCCUCGAGGUUGUCACUGUGGUCUUGGGCAUUUGCGGAAACUCAGCAGUGAUCUACAUCGCUGCACUCCAAAUCAAGACCAAAGUCACAAAUGUGUGGCUGGUGAAUCUGGCCAUAGCAGACCUGAUCUUCUGCUUCACCAGGCCCAUCAUGAUCAUCUACAAGCUCAACCCCAACCAUUGGCCUUUUGGCUCCUUCCUCUGCAAAUUCACCGGCUUCUUCAAAUACACCAACAUGUUCUGCUCGGUGUUCCUUUUGGCUGUGAUCAGUCUGGACGGAGCUCUCUGUGUUCAGAGACCACUUUUCAUCAAAACAAAACGCACUCUUUUUGUGGUCCGAGCAGUCGCUCUGUGUGUGUGGGCUCUCGCUAUCAUUCUCAGUAUCCCUUAUUUUAUACAUUAUCAAAUGUACCUGGACACUAACAACAAAACUAAGUGCAGUCUUAAUGACGGGAAGGGGACGAGUGCCAAAUUCUACCUGUACUUGCUUCGGUUUAUGUGUGGUUUCCUGUUGCCUUUUGUGGUCAUUCUUGUGUGUUAUAUUCUGACCGGUUUAGGAAUCAAACGUACAAAUACUAGAAUGUCCAGGAAAUUGCGCUCCUUGAAGAUCUUGGUGAUUCUGGUCAUCGCUUUCUUCCUGUGCUGGGCUCCGUACCACUGUCUCCAGCUUUUCAAACUAGCAGACAGAUAUACACAGGUUUUGAAGCCUUGGCAGCGCAUCACCAGUGCCAUAGGGUACUUCAACAGCUGUGUGAACCCAAUAUUGUAUUACUGUUUGGGGGCGGAGCUACGGGGACGAUUUAGGCACCGUUUACAGAGAGUGUAUAGCAGAGCAACAGCCGACAUAGAAGAAGAAGCCUGUCAAGGGAAAUGAAUCUUUUUACAGUAAAGAUGAGAGGAACAGUCUAUGAGCAGGAGAAUGCUGCUAUGUGCUUCAAAACACCACAGGGAAAUUCAAAGAGCUGUGGCAAUACAUGUAACAGACAUUUAGACAUGACACAGAGGAUGCAACUAAUUUAAGAGGU